AUGGCGACACAAAACGCUAACGGUGGUUCCGAUGAGCCAGACAGCAUUCAGACGAAAAAUGGCAACCAGCACGAACACGAGAAUAGUAACGUUGGUAGUCUGGAAGAGAGAUACGCGCGACAGUUGCUGGAAGAUCCCAAUGGUGUCACCCAAGGAGCGCAGACUGGUAUUCAAAAGGCUGAAGCUACUGCUUUGGUUUGGACCAGAACGGCUUUGUACGCCACAUAUGCCUGGAUUUGGUUAUGCUUCUUUGUUCUGUCCAUGCAGUCGUCGAUCAACGCAAAUCUGGUCUACUACGCUUACGCAAAGUUUGCCUCCGCUCCUCAGAUAUCCCAGGCCUAUGUUAUAUCGACGAUUGUUGGCGGAGUGAUUCAAUUGCCCAUCGCCAAGAUCUUGAAUGUCUGGGGCCGUGCAGAAGGUCUCUUGAUUGUUCUGGCAAUAAAUCUUCUUGGUCUAAUAGUUAUAUCUGUAUGCAACGGUCCCAAUGGAUUUGCCGCAGGUUAUACUCUGUAUCAAAUCGGAUAUAGCCAAUUGAACUUCAUUCUGAAUGUGUUUGUCGCCGACGCAUCGGGGUUAAGAAAUCGCGCAUUUGUGUACGCGUUCACUGGGAUUCCUACACUGUGUACGGCCUUUACUGGAUCCCUUGUUGCUCAAGCGUUCAUAACCCAUUCUACCUGGCGUUGGGCAUACGGUUGUUUCACAAUCAUCACAUUUGCGUUCAUCGUGCCGGUCGCUGUGGUGUUCAAAUUCUAUCAGCGCAAAGCUGAAAAGCUGAAUCUUCUGGUCAAGAAUCUUAGUGGUAGGACAAUGGUACAAUCCGUCGUUCAUUAUAUCCACGAGUUCGAUAUCAUUGGGGGUUUUAUUCUCAUGGCAGCAUUUGUAUUAUUCCUUUUGCCGUUUAGCCUUGAAACCUAUGGCUUCAGCGGAUACUCCUCUGCUACUUUCAUUACGAUGGUAACAAUCGGGAUCCUUUUAUUCCCCGUUUUUGCCCUGUGGGAGUAUCACUUUGCGAGAACCGGCUUUAUUCGGUGGGAGUUGCUGAAAAAGCGGACAGUUAUUGGGGCAUGUAUCCUGGCAGCUCUCAUCUUUUUCAAUUACUAUACCUGGGAUCAGUACUUCUACUACUACGUCCAGGUUGUCUACGACCUCGAUGUCACAAAAACAGGAUAUAUGACUCAAAUAUAUGGUGUUGGAUCAACUAUAUGGGCUGUCCUUUUUGGAGUGUGGAUCCGCCAAACCAAACACUUCAAAAAGGUGUGUUUAUUCUUUGGAGCGCCAUUAAUGCUGUUGGGCGCUGGACUUAUGAUUCACUUUCGUGGCUCUCAAAGCGACAUUGGAUACUUGGUAAUGUGCCAGAUCUUUAUCGCCUUUGGAGGCGGUACUCUGGUCAUUGGCGAUGAAAUGGCCGUGAUGGCUGCCGCAGACCGUGAUGGCAUUCCGAUGAUGCUUGCACUGAUCAGUCUAUCUUCCAGCGUUGGCGGUUCCAUUGGCUACGCCGUUGCUUCCGCCAUAUAUUCCAAUACGUUUCCUCAAGCUCUGCUCAGAGCGCUACCGAAUUAUGCAAAAUCGGACUUUGAGACCAUUUACGCCGGCGGACCAGCGGUACAACUUACGUACCCUCCCGGAAGUGAGGUUAGGGAUGCGAUUAAUUACGCGUGGGCAUACAGUCAGAAGUACGAGUGCAUCACGGCAGCGGUGCUUGUUCUUCUUGCUUUCCCAGCAAUUGCCAUAUGGAAAGACUAUAAUGUAGACAAGAAGCAAGUUAAAGGCACGGUUAUCUGA